AGCAUCUGGAUUCUAAACUUUGAAAGUGGUCGGUUGGGGUGGUCAGGCAAUCACAUUUCCACACAUACUGUUGGGAUAAUUUACUGAACUAUCGGCACAAUGCCAUCCGACUUCCUAACACCCUUCCUGGAGCUGGAUGACGAAUUUUGCAAGAAUUUUCGAGGCCUGGACAUGACAGCUGGCGCAGGACCCGCCACCCCGAAACAACGCGCUGUGGGAUUUCAGCGCCGACACUCCAUGUGCCCAGUCACCCUCCCCAACUCCAAGUUCAACAGCUGCGGCAGCACCGACCCCGCCAGUGAGCUGGUCUGCUGGCCUAUACAGCAGGGAAACCAAAACUGGACCCGCGGACAGCAACAAUUGCCCAGGUCGUCUAUCAACCAGAUACCAUUUCGAGUGGAUCGUUCGGUCAGCAUGAUUGAGAGUCAUGUGAGCAGCUUCGGAACCGGCGAGCAGGUGCUGCCUACGCCGCCACUUAUGCCGCCGCCCGGGUUGAGUAUCAGCACGAGCUCUCUGUCGUCUCCAAAGUCUCCAGCCUCCACUCCUCCUAUCUCUACGCGCUACAAGACUGAGUUAUGUCGCACUUAUGAGGAGAGCGGUACAUGUAAAUACGGAGCAAAGUGUCAGUUCGCUCAUGGCAUGGAGGAGCUUCGAGGUCUUAGUAGACACCCCAAGUACAAAACCGAGCCCUGUCGCACGUUCCACACCAUCGGUUUUUGUCCCUAUGGCGCGCGCUGUCACUUCAUCCACAACGCAGACGAGCAGCAUGGUCCGGCUGGCGACUUGCCAUCGCAACGUCAACAGAUGCGAGAACGCCCCCAGUUGUUGCGUCAGAGCAUUAGCUUCGCUGGUUUCUCGUCUCAAGUGCACACCGGGUUCCAGGCGGUCCCGGAGACCCUGACCUUUUCCAGGGCGUCUUCGGUAUCCCCUCCUCCUUCCACCGGCAGCCCAGACCUCCUUUCCCCAAUAUUCCCAGAGCCAGGCGCUCUGAAGCACAACUAUCCGUUCUCCACCGACCUCGGCAAUGACCAGCCACCAAACCCGCGCUUUUACGCGAUCAAUGACUCCAAAAGCUACAGCGGCUGUGCGCAUAAGAGCGCAGCCCCGAAUCGCCACCGCAACGCGUUCACCUUCACCGGGCUGACAGUGCUGCAAAGAAGUGCGUCCGCGGACUCUCUCUCCGACCAAGAAGGCUACACCAGCUCCAGUAGCCUCAGUGGUUGCGAUUCUCCGAGUUUCGAAGGCAGACGACUUCCCAUUUUCAGCCGCCUGUCUGUCUCAGACGACUAAAUCUAUGUGCAUAUUGCAUUUUCCUCGAAGCAGUUCGGGCGGUGCUUUGUUUAGUGAAUAACUAGCUAAACUUUGAAAUCUGACAAUGUAUACUGUUGUAUACCCCUUUUAGCUAUUCAUGGGUACUUGGCGUAGCUUUAUACUAUAUUAUUGUUUCCUGGAAAAAAUGAGAGUUCUGUUCAAGAAUUUUCUGUACCCAUUUUAUAGGUUUGAAAAAAGUGUUAAUAAUAAAAGAGGACGUGUAUUGGGGCUAACCACGAAAGUCGAAGUGUAACAUUGCCGGCAUUUACAGUGGUAUUGCUCGUGACAUAAAAUAAACAUCAUCGAAAAGGAAUAGGCUUACAGUGGUUUACUCCAAGGCACAUGUCUUCUUACUUUUGUAUUUUUUUAUUUCAUUUUUUACCAAAGCUGAGAAGAAAGUAUGUGAAGUCUCGUAGGCAGAGUUCAUAUUAAUCUUAUGUUUAUUCCAAAAUGUACUGUAAGUAAAUCGUAGCCUUUAGUGAAGGCGUCUAAUGGACAGUAUUAUCAAAUAGUCUAACCAUAGGGCUUUUGUGGUUUAUUUAUAUUUUUAUGUCCCACGGAAAGAGUUUCUUUUUCAAGACUGUGUAAUUUCUCUAAUAUGCUGAAAAAAUGCUUUACCCAGUUAAUUUUAAAGUGCUUUGUCUGAGCUAUUUUGUAGCUUUAAGAAGAAGUAAAAUAGACUUUCUUGAAUGUAGAAUGUCAUCUCAGGAUUUUAACUAGUAUGAUCCUUUUAGCAAAUGGGUGGUUGUGUUUAUGUUCUACCUUGUUAAAUGAAACGACACACCCAUUGCUCUCAGUCUCCAUUUACCAAUCUAACAUUACCCAUGAUAGGUUGUCCAUUUGUAAUAACGCUUGUAGUCAUAAUGCAAUGUUUGUCCUGAAACCAACAGUGUAAAAGUUUCUGAUGUGAUCUUAAAUUUAAUACAUUAUCUGGCAGUUAUUGCCAUCCAGAUCUAAUGAACAUGGGUCUUAGAAAUUGUGGUCUAUGCUAACUUGACAAAGGGACAGUUAUGUCAACAUAUGAGUAUCAGUGUUCCUGAGAUUUAAAAGUCUCUAGUCUUUUUUUUAAAUGUCCAGAGGAAAUGACUGAGGUGACGUGUGGCGAAUAACUUCUUUAAAUUUCCAGAAUGGUUGUUUUUAAAAAAAUAUAAAAUGAAUACUUAAGCAUCUGAACUGUUGGGGGAUGUAGUGUUUGGUUUGGGGGGAGGGGGUCAUAAAUCAUUGUUUUCCAUGUACAUAGUUUUAUUUUUAAGUUGUUUUGACUAGUGAGCCUAGAGCUUAUUUUGUAGUGCAACUGUGAUCAUUUACUUUUGCCUUAACUGUGUGACUGAAAAGACAAGCUUUUGCAUUUGUUAACUUAAAAUCUAUUUAUUUCAUGUUCUUGUUAUUAAAGCAAAACUAUAUUUUGUGUUGGUUUAUAUUAUUUGUUUUUUUUAUAUAUAAUUUAAGUGUAUUGUUUACAUUCCGCAGGAGGGACAUCCCUCUUUUUAUCUUAAUAUAUUUUUUACACCUUUGUUUUGAAAUAAACCUGUCAUUCAAAAAACAA